CAGCAGCCAGCGGCCCCCACCGGAGCCACACGACGGCCACAACAUGACGCCCAUCAGGGUGAUAUUCCUAGUGAUGUUCGCCGGGCUCUGCCUGGCUGACGGAGGAGGAGGAGGAGGAGGCGGAGGACACGGAGGGGGAGGAGGGUUCGGUGGUGGUGGAGGCGGAGGAGGAGGAUACAGCGGCGGCGGAGGAGGUGGCUACAGCGGCGGCGGAGGAAGCAGCGGCGGCGGCUACAGCGGUGGCGGAGGAAGCAGCGGCGGUGGCUACAGCAGCGGUGGCGGUGGAAGCAGCGGCGGUGGCUACAGCGGUGGAGGAAGCAGCGGUGGCGGCUACAGCAGCGGUGGAAGCAGCGGCGGUGGCUACAGCGGUGGAGGAAGCAGCGGUGGCGGCUACAGCAGCGGUGGAAGCAGCGGCGGUGGCUACAGUAGUGGAGGAAGCAGCGGCGGAGGAGGUGGCGGCUACAGCAGCGGUGGAAGCAGCGGCGGCGGCUACAGUGGUGGAGGAAGCAGCGGUGGUGGCUACAGUGGUGGAGGAAGCAGCGGUGGUGGCUACAGCAGCGGUGGAAGCAGCGGCGGUGGCUACAGCAGUGGAGGAAGCAGCGGUGGCGGCUACAGCAGCGGUGGAAGCAGCGGCGGUGGCUACAGCGGUGGAGGAAGCAGCGGUGGCGGCUACAGCAGCGGUAGCGGCUACAGCAGCGGUAGCGGCUACAGCAGCGGUGGAAGCAGCGGCGGUGGCUACAGUAGUGGAGGAAGCAGUGGCGGAGGAGGUGGCGGCUACAGCAGCGGUGGAAGCAGCGGCGGCGGCUACAGUGGUGGAGGAAGCAGCGGUGGUGGCUACAGUGGUGGAGGAAGCAGCGGUGGCGGCUACAGCAGCGGUGGAAGCAGCGGCGGUGGCUACAGCGGUGGAGGAAGCAGCGGCGGUGGAUACAGCGGUGGAGGAAGCAGCGGUGGUGGCUACAGCAGCGGUGGCGGUGGAAGCAGCGGUGGCGGCGGAAGCAGCGGUGGCGGCUACAGCGGUGGGGGAAGCAGCGGUGGUGGCUACAGUGGUGGCGGAGGAAGCAGCGGUGGAAGCGGCGGCGGCGGCUACAGCGGUGGCGGAGGAAGCAGCAGUGGUGGCUACAGCAGCGGUGGAAGCAGCGGUGGUAGCUACAGUGGCGGAGGAAGCAGCGGCGGCGGUGGCUACAGCAGCGGAGGAGGAGGUGGCGGCGGUGGCUACAGCAGCGGCGGGGGAGGCGGCGGCGGUGCCUACAGCGGUGGAGGAAGCAGCGGUGGAGGCGCAUCUUCCAGCUAUGGCUCUGUCCCUGCGUCCAGCGGAACGGGCAAAUAUCCUCCGGCAAAGCCUUCCUCCAGCUACGGCUCGCCAAGCAGCAGUGGCGGCUACAGCGGCUGAGUCUCCGGUGACACUGUCCCCCCGCCAUCGCAAUAUUGUUCAGCCAGUGAUUUGAUACCUUUAUCUCAGUGGAUUUGUUUUGAUAUUGUUUAUUUAUAGUGUGUACGAUGCGUAGAAAUGUCAUAUGAAAAAUACAGAUCCAUCUUUUCUCG